GUGCGGAAGUAGACAGGAAGUAGGUAUGGUGGCCUGCGGGGAUAUGAUAACAACAUGCGUAAUACAUUAGAAGUAGUUGUUAUUAAUAUUUUAUCAUCGGAGCAAUAGAUGUCGAUGAACCCACGUCUCAGAGAUGGAUCACACAGGCGACGAGAAACCGAGCGUCGCUUUAAAGGUUUUCAGGUUUGAGGACAACAAGAGGAACAAAGAGUCUCUGUGUGUGUCGAUACCCGAGGUUCUGGAUCCUCAGUAUGGGAUGUACGUGUGGCCCUGUGCCGUGGUGCUGGCUCAGUAUCUGUGGACACGGAGGGACAAGCUGAGAGACAAGACCGUGCUGGAGCUCGGUGCAGGUGUGAGUCUCCCAGGCGUGGUGGCGGCGAGGUGCGGGGCGAAGGUGAUCCUGUCAGACAGCGCCGGGUCUCCUCUGUGUCUGGACAACUGCAGGCGCAGCUGUGAAGCCAACGGCCUCCGGGACGUGGAGGUGCUGGGUCUCACCUGGGGGCAGGUGUCCCCGGACCUGGUGCUGCUCCCACCGCUGGACGUCAUCCUGGGGUCAGACGUGUUCUACGAGCCUCGAGAUUUCGAAGACAUUCUCGUGACAGUCGCGUUUCUUCUGAGGAAAAACCCCCGAGCUCAGUUCUGGACCACGUAUCAGGAGAGAAGUGCUGAUUGGUCGAUCGAGCCGUUGCUCCGCAGGUGGAAGAUGAAGUGUGUUGACGUUCCGCUGGAAGAAUGUGAUGCUGAUCAACGUGAGGCGAGUGGAUCGAGUCUGCCGGGCAGCCACAGUGUCCACAUGAUGAUCAUCACAGUGUAACGGACUAAAUGUUCCCCAGGCGACGGACCAGGGGGAACUAACAGGAAGAGGAAUCUUUUUGACCUUUUACAUGUUUAUUAAAAAAGUGGUUUAACUCAUUAAAAUGUUUUAAUCGCAA